UCCCUCCUCCUCCUCUUCCCCAUUCCUGCAGAACGAAGAGCCGAUGGGCUGUGCCUCUGCAGUCCCGACGAUGUGACCCCACCUCCCUACUCGAAUGGAGAGAGGGAGCCAUCUGGGCCGCUCUGUGGAAGGCAAGACAAGGACCUGUCCGUCCUUUUUGCUCUCCAGCAUGCUUCAAUCUCAGGGUUAAAUUAAGAGAGUGUCUCUUCCUAGAGAGGCCCCUAGGAGGACUGCAUUGUGGAAGGCAAUCGUUUUGCUCACACACACACCUUUCCGUGGGAAACCGACAUUUGGGCAGCAGCCAUCUGUGGGAUCUGGAAGAAGAUCCAAUCGCUUCAAAUCAUCCGCCUUUGCCUGUAAAGUGUCUUCUUGUCUUGCAUGUUUGUUUUGCUGGAAGUGAGAGCCCCAGCAGUCCGGGCAGCCCUUGCCUUGAGGAACAGAAAACUCGUCCUCUUGGCUUUCUCAGGAACUGCCUUAAAGCACCGAUGGAAGGGCCAGAGUCAUUUGGCCCCAAGGCAGGAAAAGGCCCUGAUGCUCUCCGGGCUGGGAGCAGAGGGGAAUUCUGGGAAAGGACUGUGCAGAAGAUCCUGACUGAGGAACCCAUCAGCUCAGAUGUACAGCGCCAGCGCUUCAGGCAGUUCCAGUACCAGGAGGCCGAGGGGCCUCGAGAGGUCUGCAGCCACCUCCGUGACCUUUGUUGUGAAUGGCUAAAGCCAGAGCAGCACACGAAGAAGCAGAUGCUGGACCUGGUAAUCCUGGAGCAGUUCCUGGCCAUCCUGCCCCCGGAGAUGGAGAGCUGGGUCAGAGAAUGUGGGCCGGAGACCAGUUUCCAGGCGGUGGCCCUGGCCGAAGGUUUCCUCCUGAGCCAGGCAGAGGACAAGAAACAGGCACAGCAGCAGGUGAAGUUGACAUUCCCAGAAGUGGCCACUGAUUUCCCUAAGACAGAGAAGGCUCCGCUGGACACCAGACAGCUGCCACUAUUCUGGGAGGUCACACACGAGGGUGACGGAAAUGCCACUCCACUGGGUCAUGUCACCCUUCCUUAUGCUGGACUGGAGACAGUUGCUGCAGAGACUGAUCAGAAUCCACAUGAGUGCUGCACCUGGACCACAGCCAUGCAGAGCCGGAAGAAGAGAUUGCAUGACAUAGAUCCUAAAAAAGAAACUACUGCAGAUGAGGCAUGCGGACUUGUAGGUACACUGGAUUCCCAAGACCUAAUGAGUGACUCAUCUCGGAGGGAUUACGAACAUGUACAUGAGGAUGAAAAAAACAGUGUGACCCUGUAUGAGACCCUGGAGGAAGAGGAGAUGGCACAGAAAGGAGAUGGAUGUUUCACUUCCAGCGCACCGACAAUAACUGGAACUGUAGAAGCAGAAGUGCUGACUUCCUCGCAAAUGCUGCAGAGCAGCACUCCUGCUGGGCUGUUUGAGAGCGGAGCCGUCAGAAGAUUCCUGACAUUGGAAACACAACCAGGUCCCCCAAAUUUCACUUCCUCCUCCCCGCCCACUGAGGCACCGCGUUAUAACGGUAUAGAUUGCGCUGGGAUGGCACCACCCAUGAAAAAGGCAAAAACAUCCUCUGCUGCAUGGCAGUAUUUCACCAGGCAUCCCACGGACAAAUGCGUGGUUUUCUGCAACCUCUGCCGACGGGCCGUUCGCCUCGGGAGACGUGGCGGCAGUGCAAGGCUUGGGACGAGCGCGAUGCAUCAGCACCUCAAAUUCAACCAUUGUGUAGGCGAAGCCAUCAGUACGCCGUCCCCAUCUCAGUCUGCCCCUCAGACUGUCACUUCUGAAUUCACCUCCCCUCCGUGUUCAAAAAGCCAUUCAAAACAGUUAACCCUGGAGCAGAUUAUUAAAAAAAAGCGGAAAUGGCCCGACAACCAUCCUACGGCCAAAUUACUAACCGCUGCCCUUGCUCGCUUGCUGACUGUGCAGAUGCUGCCGUUUUCAUUUGUGGAGGAGAAAGAGUUCCUUGCCUACAGUGCAUUAGCAGUGCCCAAAUAUAAGGUUCCCACAUGCUCCUAUUUCUCCAGGGUUGCAAUUCCACAGCUGUAUUCUGCUACGAUGGAUGAGGUGAAGCAAGCGUUGUCUAAGAACGUUUGCAAGGCAGUGCAUUUUACAACUGAUCUGUGGACUAAUGCCCGAUGUGUGAGCUUCUUGUCUGUCACGGCACAUUGGGUUACGGACGGCGGAAACCAGCUUGUACGGCAGAACGCUGUGCUGUCUCUGUUGGAAUUCCACCAGAGCCACACUGCAGAGCAUAUAGCAAAGGAGUUCACUGAUGUCACACACCACUGGCUCACAGGACUUGGCUUAUCGGUGGGGUGUGUGGCAGCAGACAAUGCCGCCAAUGUGAUCGAAGCACUUGCAGACCUUAACAUACAGCACAUUCCAUGCAUGGUGCAUUGCUUGAAUCUGGUCGUGAAGGCGUUCUUGAAGGAGCAAGGAAGUGAGGUCUUGAACGUCUUAAAAAAGGCAAGGAAGGCAACGGAUCACUUCCACCAUUCUUCAGCAGCUUCUGAGGAACUCACUCAGUUACAGGAAUCCCUAAAGCUCAAACGCCAGCCAAUGCGGCCCGAUGUGCCCAGCCGCUGGAAUUCCACACUGCUGAUGCUGCAGAGGAUUAAAGAACAGAAACAAGCUCUGGUAGCCUAUUUUGAGAGACACGGGAACAACGUGGACCUUUCCAUUGGCACAAGUGACUGCAGAAUCAUAGACGACCUUGUCGAUGUUCUGCAGCCCAUAGAGCAAGUAACACGGCUUGUGAUGGAAGAUGACACUCCCGUGAGUGAAAUGCUAAUGUCGGUUGCAGCAAUAAAACACAAGUUGUCCGUACUCGGCCAAAGAUAUGAGGCAAAUAACGAUCCCGGCGGUGUUACUCUCUGUGACAAACUGUUGAGUGCCAUCAACGACAGCAAGCCACUUAAUCAGAUGAAAAAAAGCAUGUUCUUGGCCUCUGCUAUGUUCCUGGACCCCAGAUUCCGCGAUGCAUUCCAGUAUUACCUCUCUGAUGAUGAUGAUGAUCACCACCUUCUGGAGAAAGUAAAGGAUCAUGUGAUGAAACUGGCCUGUGACUCCUCCUCCUCUUCCUCCUCACUGCCGUGCACGUCAGAAAAUGGAGUUGGUGGGACUGGGGAUCCUGCAGCAUGUCCAAAUGCACAGAAGGAACACCCAUGUGAAGACAAUGAUGAAGACUUGAGGAAUACAUAUACAUUUCUUAUAAGAAGGUCUCGAGAGGACAAAGGACAUGGCAAGCAAAGUGCUGCUUUCCUGGAUGCUGAAGUGCAGCUAAAAGGUUACCUCUGUGACCCUCACAUCCAAGGAUUCCAAGAUCCGAAAACCAAUCCUCUUCUUUACUGGCACACCAAAAAAGAAGUCUGGCCAUUGCUAUUCAAGGUAGCCAUUAGCCACUUGGCCUGCCCACCCACGAGUGUCAAGUCAGGAGGACCGUUUAGUACUGCAGGGAGUAUCUGCGGUAAGCGCAGAAUGAAGCUUCUGCCCAAAAAUGUGAAGCUGUUGACAAUGAUGAGAGAAAACAGAAGAUAUAUCCCUGGAGAUUUUGUCAUCAAAGACAAAGCGGAUCAAGCUCAUGAGGACCAGUUAACACUGAGCAGCAGUUCCGAGGAGGAGGAGGAGGAACUUGAGGAAGAAGAGGAGCUUGAGGAAGAUUGAGAGAAAUAUGCCUGUGAAUGCCUGCGGAGAGCCAGCGUGGUGUAGUGGUUAGAGUGAUGGACUAGGACCGGGGAGACCCGAGUUCAAAUCCCCAUUCAGCCAUGAGACUUGCUGGGUGACUCUGGGCCAGUCCCUUCUCUCUCAGCCUAACCUACUUCACAGGGAUGUUGUGAAAGAGAAACUUAAGUAUAUAGUACACCGCUCGGGGCUCCUUGGAGGAAGAGCGGGAUAGAAAUGUAAAAUAUAUAUAUAUUCCCUGUAGGGCUCAAAGAAGGUCAAUGGCACAUUGUGGUUUUAAAAGUAAUGUAUUGAUAAUAUAGCUGCAGCUGGCAGACAAAUGCAGCAUGAGGCUUUCGUUAGUGUCCACAGAUUGGAAGGGAGUCUUGGUCUGACAUUUCACAUUUGCUGAGCAGAUUUUUUUUUUUUUUUUAAGAUAGUGAUUACUGGCCUCCUAUCUCUUUUCCUCCUGUAAGUACAUGAAGACCUGUGAUACUGCAAGUAUUCCUAGUCAAGUCAAAAAUGUCUGACACAUAAGAUUAGUUGAAAUGUACUAGAAGGAGAAAAACAAUGACCUGUAAGACAGUGUUGAGUGGUGGUGGUUAACGUGAUUUCUCUGUUGCACUGCACAAGUCCGCCACAUAAAGAAAUAAAAUAUUUUUUAAAAAGAAAUGAGUUUUUGAUUGCUUAAAGCAAUGUAUUAAAUGAGAUAAAAUAGUUCAUCUUUUGUGAGGAAACAGCCACAUUAUUGCUACUUUGCAGACCAGAAAACACAGAGCUAUUGAUAUGCAUACCUCAGCCUACCCAGCAAAUAAUUUGGGGGUCCAUGUGGGCUGAAAAAUGCAGAGAGAUGUGCAAGUUUUCAACUAAACUCUUCAGAACCAGGUGGGCUACAGACACGGCAGGUUUGCAGCUUGCUUCUGUGGGUGGUAGUAGCAGUGGUGAUCCCAGUCUUAGCCCAAGACUCUAACCACUACGCCUGUCAUGUGUUCAAGUUCAUGGGGUACUGACUGUCAAAAGAAAGGGAAAUUGUCACCUCUUAAGAUUUGCAAAGCUCAAGCAGGCUCUCACCAACCACAGCAGCCCUUCCGCAGCUUACCCUGCAAUAAUAUGGGGGCCCGUAUGAGCUGAAAUGGCAGGGGCUUGUGCAGGUUUUUACCUUAACACUUGUGCCAGAUGCUCAGAUUAAUCAAAUAUCAAAUUAAUGAAUUGAAAAAUGCUUCUUAUAUCCAAACCAAUGACACCUUACAAACUGUGUUUCAGAGGAGGCAUGAUAAUAGGGGUGUGGAAACAGGUUCAAGGUCGAACCGGCCUGCUUUGACCGGUUCGGAUGCUUGUAAAGGGGAAUCAGGUAAGGAUUCCCAUUUG